AUGUCGGAGGCCACAAAAGCCUUGGAAGAAGAGGCUGAGAAAAAGCGGAAGGAGGAGCUCAAGGCCGCUAGAGAGAAGCGAAACAAGGAGCUCAAACGCGGUCCCGGUGUUGCAGCUCUGGUGCAGGGUGCCCUGAAGCGAGCACAGGAGGCUCCCUCUAUGGGCAAGAAAGACGAGCUCGUGGAGAAAGCGCAGCGCCAGCGCGAAGAAGCCGAGGCGGCUGCGAAGAAGGAACUGGAAAAGCAAGAGCAUGAGAAGGAGCUGGAGCGUCAGGAGGCCGAGCGGCAGAAGCGGGAAGAGCAGAAAAAGGUGGAGGAGGAGAACAGGCGGAAGCUUGAGGAGUUGCAGGCGAAAGAAAGGGAAAGAGUGCAGCGGGAGGCUGCCGAGAGGCGAAGGCAGGCUGAGAAGGCUGACGAGGAGAUGAAGAAAAAGGAGGCCGAGACACGCGACCAGCGCGUGAAGGCCAGCGUGGAGGCUGCCAAGAAGCAGCAGGCUGAUCGCGCUGCUGCCAAAGCCGCCAAAGAGGCCGAGUCCCUGUACGGCGACAUGCCGCAGCCAGACGCAGACUCUGCAGCCGCAUCGGAGGCUGCCAUGCGAGCUGCUGGGGAGCGAGGGCCGCAGGCGGACUUGGGCCUCGCUCCGGAGGAUCGCAGCAAAAUCGUGUUCCUCGACGUGGAUGGCGUACUUCGACCGGCACGAGCAGGAACCUUUGACAUUUCCACGGAUGGCGAGGCCGCGAAGCCCGACACUUCCGACUUUUUCCCUGCGGCGCUGAAGGCGCUUCGCCACAUUAUGGAGCGAAGUAGCGCCAAAGUUGUGUUGUGCGCUGAGUGGCGCCGCAGCGAGGUCCUCCUCAAAGCCUUGGAGGACAUCUUCAACAAGAACAGGCUUCGCCUGUGGAGCGACAUCACCAGCCAAGAGGUCAAGUUGGAGAAAGGCAGCGAUCCCCUUCGCAGUUUCGCUGAUCGGCGGUCCAAGGAGAUCAGCGCCUGGUUGCGCAAACACGAGGCGUGGACAGCGUCUCAUCGGGUCAAAGGAGCUUUGCCUCUUGCCUUUUGGGCCAGCAACAGGGUCCUCGGAAACUGUCAGUGCUUCGCGGAAAGUAACCUGCCGAUGGAGGACGAAAUUAUUGUGGCCCUGGACUGGACGCCCAACACGAACCACAAUGGUUUCUACUUGGCACAGAUGGCCGGCCUUUACUCCACUGCAGGCCUGAAAGUCACACUGCGGUCAGCAGAUGCUGGGGAUGGGACAACUCCUGCCCGGCAAGUAGCGCAGAAAACGGCCCAUUUUGCGGUGGCGCCGUCUGAGAGUGCGAUCUCUUUCGCCACCACAGAACCUGACAAGCCACGGCUGGUUGCCGUUGCUGCACUGUUGCAGGGAAGUGCAUCUGCCAUUUGCACAUUGAAAAGCUCGGGCAUCGACCGCCCUGCCAAGCUUGCUGGCAAAAGGUAUGCCUCUUACAAUGGACGCUUCGAGGAUCCAAUCGUGUCCCGCAUGGUCAGCAACGAUGGUGGUGAUGGUGCCGCAGUGCAAUUUCACGGGUUGACUGCCCAUGGAUACCAGGAGGGUGACACGAUGGGUGCCGGCUCUGUCGUGGCUUCCUAUUUGGAAAAGGGCAGGUCGGAUUCCACAUGGAUCUUUCCGGCAUGGGAAGGUGUUCUGGCAGAGCGUGCCGGACAGCAUCUUCAUUGCUUUGCCCUGGAGGAUUACAACAUUCCUUAUGGAUAUUCUCCGGUGCUGCUUGCUCAUCCGGAGGAUUUGGCACUAGGCUUUGGUUGGGAAUGUUUUCUUGUGCUUGCUGUCGGAGCGGACCGCUCCGGUAAAACUGAGGCUUGCACCCGUUGA